AUGCCGAUGAACAACGACACACCGCCGCAGCAGAGCUUGCUGCAUCGCCGCGGCCACGACCCGGCGUUACACAAUCGACAUGCCACAGCAGUGCCGGUCGACAACACCAAUACCAGCAGCAGCAAGAAGCGUGGGCUGUAUCGCGUAUACAACGACAUCCAGAAGUGGUUUAGAAGUGACAAUAACAUCAUAUGCGUGCUGAUUUUGAACGUUGUGGUGCUCUUAGUGAUGUGCCUGGCGCUGGCGGGUGUGUGUGCGUGGCUGCUUCUGUACGCUCCCGUGUACGAGCCGUCCCCGCAGAUGGAGAAGCGCUUCGACGACGACGCCGUCCUUGACGUCUGGCGCCUCUAUGAAACCGCUUCACGCACGAACGACGAGUACCACAAGAGUGCCCUGCGCAGAUAUCUGCUGCAGUACAAGCUCACUGCCGAGGCGCGGCGGCGCAACAGCAGCAGAGUCGCCAAAGCAGGCGCGCCCCGAGUGCCUUUAGAUGUGCCGGACGUCUUCGACCCCAAGGCGGCGGUGCUGCCCAAGUACACAACGGAGCCGCAGCAAAACCUCACGUGUGUCAUUGAAGCCCUCCACGCGGCAAUCAGUCGCAUUGCAGCGCAGCAGCCCAACGGCGGGCUGGACCGCGCCGCAGACUUUGUCGAGAAGGAGUUUCGCCACGGUGCCGAGAAUGGCGGAGCGCCCAUUACCGCGGCCGCUGGGCGCGGUACCAUAAGUGCCAAUGCCGAAGAGUCCGGCCACGAGACGGAGGCGGAUGCGCCCUUCGAUGAUAUUCUCUACAUUCAGCUGCGGCGUUUCUUCAUUGGCACGUCGAAACAUGCUGGUGAGGAGGAUGGUGGAGCUUUUCCUGCGUAUGGUAAUUCCCCUGCAGAUGAUCCUGUUCUGCGUGCGUGGUGGCGGCGGCUGCAGUCGGCCGCGCCCUCUGUAUACGUGAACCGGUUUUACUAUCCACUGCGCCGCUAUCACCGCAUGCGGCGCUUCUCUCCAGAAACACCAGCGGCCACCGCCGCGUGGUACGACGCCGUGGCGUACGACUACUACCACGACUACUACAGUGACAGCAGCAACAUGAGCGACCGCAAUGUGGUGAAGUUCACCCCACCGCAUGUACCGGAGGCGUAUCCUGCGUCUAUCGCAGACGCUGUGGCCAACAGCGAUGCGGCGUCAUUGCCGCUCGACACCCCAGCACACACCGCCACGAUAUUUGUUAGCGUUGCGAGCUACCGCGACAAGGAGUGCUGGCCAACUGUGCAACACAUGAUGCAGCGGGCGACGAACAUGUUCCGCGUGUACAUUGGCAUCGCGGAGCAGCAUCGAGCCACGGACCCCCCUUGUGUCUCCGACACGGCACUGCAACCGCUGCCGUGUGUUGGGGCGCAACCCUCACCAGCGUCAUCAGGAAUGACAGCUGCAAGAAAUGCGGCUGAAGGAAUUGGGGGAUUAGGAAUGUUGAAGCGCGCUGACUACGAAGGGGCGGUGUGCUUUCUCGGUGAUAACAUUCGUGUGCGGCAUAUCCGCCCGUCUGCUUCGUAUGGUCCGACGUACGGCCGGUACAUGGCCAUGCUGCUGUACGGCGGCGAGGACUACACGCUCGUGCUGGACUCACACAACCGCUUUGUCUAUGCAUGGGACACCCGCAUUGUGGCCAUGCACGCCGCGAUGCGGCACCCGAAGCUCGUCCUCUCACACUAUCCCGAGUCGUACGUGCAGGAGGACAGCAAUUUCGCGUGGGAGCGUACCACCACCGCGUACCUCUGCCGUGCUGUUUUUCUCGACACCGCCGGAUACGUACGGCUCAACGGCAUUGUAGUCAGCAGCAACGAGCAGCACAAGGCCAACUCGCGGUACUUGACGCCGUACACUCUGGCGGCGCUACGGCUCGAGCCCGGCGUGGUGCGGCUGCUGCCGCAGCCGUGGGCCGCUGGCGGGUUUCUUUUCAGCACCUCGUCGAUUCUGCGCGAGGUGCCGUUCGACCCGCACCUGCCGCACAUCUUCGACGGCGAGGAGGUGAUGUACUCGGUGCGACUGUGGACCCACGGCUACGACAUCCACUCGCCGAAGCGCGGCAUCUGCUACCACUUCUACGGGCGGAAGGGGGAGCCGAAGGUGUGGACCGAGGCGCGCCGCUGGUCUGCCGUGCAGUCGGAGUCGCGGAAGCGCAUCCAGUAUCUGCUGCGCGCCCGCAUCCGGGGCGUGGACGUGCUGCGCAUCGCGAAGGGGACGCCAGAUCCAGUGGUGAUGGUCGACGUGGACCGCUACGGCGUCGGGCGGCUGCGCGGCGUGGAUGACUGGUACAAGUUUGCCGGCGUGGACCCGGUGAACUACACCACCGACGGCCGCUGGUGCGGCUGA